AUGGACUUCUACAAGAAGUUGUUUCACUCAGACUUCGAACUUUAUCCUUGGUUGACGGUAGACCUAGGAGCACUCAGUAUUGUAAAGAAUGUUGUUCUUUACACCAGAAGCGAUGAUCAUGGUCGCUGGCUUCAUAGUGUUGAGAUAAGAGCUGGAAACUCUUCCGUUUGGUCCGAGAUGAACAUGUGUGGCAGAUUCCUUGGACCGAGUCAAACUGGAGAAAUCCAAACCAUAGAGUGUGAUACCAGACCCCUCCUACAUGUAUAUGGGUCGUAUGUAACCGUAAAAAUAGUCCGUCCUAACUACAUUACAGACGACCCUAGUGCAAGCGGCGGCAAAAACGCCUUGGGUUUCAGAGAAAUUGUUGUCAAUGGCCUUUAUGCAUAA